AUGUCCUACUACUUCGCCAUCCUCUCCCCCCUCGACACCCCCCUCUUCGAACAUGAAUUCGGCACCUCCAAAUCCGGCGGCGACGGCCACCCCCGCUUCACUGACCAAGCCCGCCACCUCAACCAGUUCAUCCUCCACUCCUCCCUCGACAUCGUCGAGGAGCUCCAGUGGACCCAGCCAGGCCUCUACCUAAAAGUAAUCGACAAGUUCUUCCAAAACUACAUCUCCGCCUUCGUCACCGCCUCCAACGUCAAAUUUCUGCUACUUCACCAGCCCACCACUUCUGUCCCCGCCGCCAACGGGGAGGCCAACACGGCGCAGGCGGCCGCCUCGUCGAGGGUGAACUCUACUUCUGUCGGGGCGAAUCCUACGUCUCCCCAGACGGAGGAGGCCAUCAAGAAUUUUAUGGGGGAGGUGUACGAGAAUUAUGUAAAGGCGGUCAUGAGCCCGUUUUACAAGGCGCCGAAUAUGGAGAUUAGGAGUCCGGUUUUUAGGCAGAGGGUUGCGGCGGCGGGGAGGAAGUAUCUUUAG